AUUUCCUAUUUUACCCUUAUCCUCUUCUUUCAUCGUCACUUCUUGUUGCUCAUUCUUCUCUGUUUCUAAGCAUCAUGAAUUCUCAAUUCCUACUGCUGAGAAUUUGAAUUCUGGGGGUUUAGUACAAUGGAAGUUUCAGAUAUAGAAGCCGUGUUGAAAUUCUUGAGGAAGAAUGGGUUCUCAGAAGCAGAAUUAGCACUCAGGAAUGAUUUGUUUGAAAGACAUGAUGAUUUGGUUGCUUCUGAUUUUGAGAAGUUUCAGUUUCCAUUGUCUCCUAAACUCCCUCCUGUUAGAAUUCAGAGAAAAUUGAACUUUUCAGAUGAUGAUGAUGGUGGUGGUGUUGGUGAUGCUGCUUCUAGUUCAACCUCUUAUCGGUCAGAUGAUUUCCAGAGCUUGAGUUCUUCUAAAGGAUUUACUAAUCCAUAUGGACUACUUUCCACUGAUCAUGUAAGUUCCGAUAGUUCGUCUGACAGAUUGUCCCAAUUUGGUACUGCCCGAGAUUACCAUGACUCCGACUUGUUAAAUGACAUGUUCUGGCAUGAUGACAAGGGUUAUAUUGGUGGUGGAGGGAAGGAUUUCUUCAGUUGUCGAAGUGAAGACAAGUUUGUAACAACUUCAGGUGGAAUGGGACAAUAUGAACAGAAUUCUGGUUUGGAUUUUGCGUCUGGAGGAUUUCAUUCGGUGACUAGUAUUAAUUCAGGCGAGUUGUUGUUACGUAAUAACAGCUUGGUAGAUGAUACGGAUGAUGUUGUUGUAAAAGAUUGUUAUCAUUGGUAUGAAGCUUCUCAACGUGGAAUUGGCGAUGAAGCUGGACUAGAGAGUGGUGCCGAAAACAAUUGUUUGGUUCCUGUUUAUGACAGCAGUAUUGGAUUGGAAGGGCUGCAAGCUGGGGAGUCGGAUAAUGAUAAUGAUCUAAUUACAAUGAAAGAACUCGCUCUGAUCGAAGGUCAGUUGAAGACUUUUGGUGAAACCCCUUCUAUACAUGAUUCUACUGCAGGGAAGGCAAGAAAUGAGAGUUCCUCUGACAAGGAUUUGACAAAAUCUGAUGGAGAGGAAUACCAGAAAGAAUUUGGGUUGCAGCUACAAACAACUGCUCAACCUUUCCAGCCUUAUGGAGAUGAUGGAUAUGAAUCUGAAGAUGGAAAAGAAACGACUGGAGAAGAGCUCCAUGAUCCUGAAGUUGCUGGUGAUGAAGAAAACAGUGCUACUCCCAACGAACUGUCAAUUUGUGAACAUGUUGAGGAUGAAUAUGAAGUAUUUAAUCUCAGAAUUAUACAUCGGAAAAACAGAACAGGAUUCGAAGAGAACAAAGAUAUGCCAAUUGUUCUAAAUUCUGUCAUAGCGGGCAGAUAUUAUGUCACAGAGUACCUUGGUUCAGCUGCUUUUAGCAAGGUCAUCCAGGCACAUGAUCUGCAGACUGGCAUUGAUGUCUGCUUAAAAAUUAUAAAAAACGAUAAAGAUUUCUUCGACCAAAGUUUAGAUGAGAUCAAGCUGCUAAAGUUUGUCAACAAGCAUGAUCCUGGUGAUGAACAUCACAUUUUGCGGCUAUAUGAUUAUUUCUAUCAUCAGGAGCAUCUUUUCAUUGUAUGUGAAUUGUUACGAGCAAAUUUGUAUGAAUUCCAGAAGUUUAAUCAAGAUUCAGGUGGAGAGGUUUAUUUCACAUUACGUAGGCUGCAGAGUAUCACUAGACAAUGUUUGGAGGCCUUAGAAUACUUGCACUGCUUGGGAAUUAUCCACUGUGACCUUAAGCCGGAAAAUAUUCUUAUCAAAAGUUAUAGCAGAUGCGAGAUAAAGGUUAUUGAUCUUGGGAGUAGUUGUUUCGAAUCAGACAACUUGUGCUUGUAUAUACAAUCUCGCUCGUAUAGGGCACCUGAAGUUAUUUUAGGCCUCCCAUAUGACCAAAAGAUUGAUUUGUGGUCUCUUGGCUGUAUCUUGGCUGAGCUUUGUUCCGGAGAAGUCCUUUUUCCUAAUGAAGCAUUGGUUGUAUUGCUAUCGCGCAUAAUUGGCAUGUUUGGUCUUCCAGAUAUGGAGAUGUUAGUGAAGGGGCAGGAGACACACAAAUACUUCAUAAAAGAGUACGAUUUGUAUCACAUGAAUGAGGAAACAAACCAAAUGGAGUGCAUAAUCCCGGAAGAAACCUCAUUGGAGCAUCAUCUACAAGUUUCCGAUAUUGGAUUUAUCGAGUUUGUUAAAGAUUUACUCGAAGUUAAUCCAAGUAGACGACCCACUGCCAGUGAAGCACUUCAGCACCCAUGGCUUUCCUACCCAUACUGAAUGGACUGAUCUUCACAUAGAUCAUGACGCUGCAGCCACAUUUCUAUUCCACAACAAGAUCCGAGUGCACCUUUUUUUUUCUUUUUCAUAUAUCUUGUUUGUAUUCAAUUGUCAAUUUGUGCAUCAAAUGUAUAUAGUUUUCACCUUUUCCUUCUCGCUCAACCCAUAUCCCCUCCAGCAUAUGCACUCGCAUCGGUGCACUUGCUUUAGCGGCGGCAGGUUCUUCAUUUUUGGGCAUGACAUUUGUUUGUAAUAAUGAGUUGGUGUUGAAUGAGGCAAUAUUUGGCAAAAUGGUCAUUUACUUGGUCUUUCAUUCAAGUCUUCUGUGUAUCACUAUCAAGUGAGAUCUGAUAAUUCA